AUGCAACGUGUGCGGCAGGAGGAGUUGGCCUUGGGAAAGAAAAGGCCAACGGGACGCGACCACCCCAAACGCGCUUCUCGAGUUCCCACCCGAAGCACCUCCAGCGACUCCGACUCUUCGGCCUUGAGUGAUCCCAGCUCUACCGAGUCGCAAUCAAGCUCCAGCAACCAGUUUUCAAGCGUUUUCGAACCUUCCCAGCCAUCGCCUCCCUCUACCUGGCAUCUGCAGAAGAAGCUACCUUUCAAUAUUGCGCCUGCUGUCCAUGAGUUUGACCCUUUUGGAUCGCUCCCGGCCGCUGGUUUCCCCCAGAAAGGUGUCGAAAGUCUGCUACGCCAUUGUUUCGAUGUACUGCUGCCCAUGACCUUCGUGAUGGAGAAGUUUUCCUCUAGCGAGCGGACUGCUCGACAAGGUAUGGUUCUGCGACAGAAAGUGGCAAGUCCUGCUGUAUUUCUCGGCUUCAUGGGUACAGUCGCUGCUCACCGAGCCAUUCUUCGAGGGUCACAUGGAGACCUGACGCCAUCUGAGAUAGACCACGAUGAUCUCAUCACAGAUCCCGAGUACAAGCAAGUCAAGUUCCACACCCUCGUUGCGGUCAGGAAGCUGAUCGAGGCAAAUAAGACGCCUGAUCAGUCUUUGGUCGAUGCUUGCUACGGACUGGUGUCUGUAGCUACUAUCGUUGGCAAUAUUGCUGAGGCCAAGGUUCAUCUCCAAGGAAUCAAGAAAAUCAUGUCCAUGGCCAACAUUUCUGAAGAGUCUGUCCAGUGGCUCCCAAUCACCAACGUCAAACUGGCCACCGCGAUGUUAUCUUUACCGUUACUACCUAUCCCAUGGGAGCGACACCCGAUUCCAGAAGAGGUCCUGCUAGUCGUCUCACCACCACCAGAGGUGGACCAAAGCCGCCUGGGGUCAAGCUUUACCCAGAUUCCAGGUUUGAGCGACCGCCUCCGAGAACUCUUCUCUUUACAACGAGAUCUUUGUAACAUAUGUGACUUCAAUGCAAGGUACCCCGGCACUCUUCCACCUGCUGGUCAUUUCGUGUUGAAUCGAAAGGGUACAGAACUCGAAUAUGACUUGGUUGCAUAUCCAUACGAAAUAGAGGUCUUUGAACGAGACAAGACCAAUGAGCCAGUGCUACCUGCGCUCGAAGGCAUGAUUCGACUUGCAGGAUUGGGUCUUUUGACUACUGCACCGCAUAGCAUUCUUCCAUCAUCGGGGUCUGGGCGAGCCAUCACUCAUCACCAGAAGCGCGCUUUCCAGAAAUGGGCGAAAUCAAGCCGCAGAGGCUGUAGUCGUAUGGAGCUUCAGGUCAUACUCUGGGCAUUGUUCAUCUUCACGGAAUGUGCAGGCAAUUCACCCGAGGCCGAAUUCUUCAUCCGCCACAUGGCAGAGCUGGUUCGUGAAUUGUUUCUGAUCAGAUGGGAAGAGGUAGAGCUCAUGAUCUACGGGCUGUUCUAUAUUCCAGGUCUCCAAGCGAAGAAGUGGAGAGAAAUUUACAAUGCAGCUAUGAGCGUCCCGUGGCGGGAUUGGGCAUCGCAUGAUAUUGCCGCCGCCAAUAUCGCCAUCCGAUGA